AUGGACAGAGCUGAUACCUCUGGUUUCGUCAGUGGAGGGUCCGCCGUUGCUCAGAAGAUCCGUUCUGCUCUCCGGCCUGCUCGUGUGGAUCUACAAGACGGAGUUCCUCUGGAAACGAAUUUCUAG